AUGACUAAAGCUUUCAAGUACCACUUUCCUCCAGGACCAAGACCUUUGCCAAUCAUUGGAAAUCUGCACAUCCUCAAUCUGAAGAGGCCAUAUCAAACCAUGCUAGAGCUCUCCCAGAAAUAUGGUUCCAUUUACAGUAUCCAGUUGGGAUCAAGGAAGGUGGUAGUACUCUCUGGAUAUAAAACAGUGAAAGAUGCCUUGGUCAACUAUGGUGAUCAAUUUGGAGAACGACCGCAAGUGCCAAUAUUUGAAAAAAUGUUUGAAGGAAGAGGUAUUGUCUUCUCUCAUGGGGAAACUUGGAAAACUAUGAGAAGAUUCAGCUUGACCACCUUACGGAACUUUGGGAUGGGCAAAUCAGUCAUAGAAGACACAAUUAUCCAGGAAUGUCAGCAUCUUAUACAGAACUUUGAGUCUUACAAAGGAAAACCCUUUGAGGUCAACACAAUAAUGAAUGCUUCUGUUGCUAACGUCAUUGUGUCUGUGUUACUUGGGAAACGAUUUGACUACCAAGACACCCAGUUUCUGAGACUCUUACGUUUGAUUGGUGAAAAUGUGAAACUCGUAGGCACUCCUGGAAUUCUGUUUUUUAACACAUUUCCUGCAUUGGGAUUCUUCCUCAAAAGUCUUAAGACAGUACUCAGGAAUAGAGAUGAAUUAUUUUCUUUUGUAAGGAUGACUUUCUUAGAUUACCGUCAUAAACUUGACAAAAAUGAUCCAAGAAGUUUCAUUGAUGCUUUUUUGGUGAGACAGCAGGAGGAGAUAAGUACAUCUACUAACCAUUUCAGUGAUGAAAACCUGGUGGCACUGGUUAGCAACCUCUUCGUGGCCGGCACGGAAACCACCGCCUCCACGCUGCGCUGGGCCAUCCUGCUUAUGAUGCGCUAUCCCGAGGUCCAGAAAAAGGUCCGCGAUGAGAUCCUGUCAGUUGUGGGCUCUGCACAACCUCGAAUCGCACACCGAACGCAAAUGCCAUACACAGAUGCCGUCAUUCAUGAAGUGCAGAGAUUUGCUAACAUCCUGCCCACCAGCGUUCCUCGCGCAACAACCACAGACGUCUUAUUUAAAAAUUAUUAUAUUCCAAAGAACACUGAAGUCAUCACUUUGCUGACCUCAGUACUUCGUGAUCAAACAGAGUGGGAAAAACCAGACACAUUCAAUCCAGAACAUUUCCUCAGCUCUACUGGAAAGUUUGUCAAGAAAGAAGCUUUCAUGCCUUUUUCAGUUGGUCGCCGGAUGUGUGCUGGUGAGUCACUGGCCAAGAUGGAACUUUUCCUUUUCUUCACAAGCCUCAUGCAGAAGUUCACCUUCCAGCCACCCCCUGGGGUCUCCCAUCUGGACCUGGACCUAACCCCAGAUAUUGGUUUCACCACUCGACCCAUGCCUCACAAGAUACGUGCUUUGUUCUAGGCCUAGGCUCUGCUUGAGAGUUGCAGCCCUGAUUCUUGAUCAUAUUUUGUAGCUGAGCACAUACUUCCCAUUUCUCCAUUUCAUGGAUCAUUAUAUUCUGUUGAGCAUUUCAGCAUUAAGUAGUCAGUCCCAUCACUGUAGAGGGUUCUCAUGGCAGAUCACAUAAGUCCCUGUGCUAGUCAUUGUACUAGAGACCUCCUCACUGCGAUUCCCUAAGGUGAAGCAAAUGAACAGAAAUUUGAUUAAAUAGAACCUUCACAGGCAUAUGAGAUGGGCCUAAGUAUCACCCAUAAAUAGUUCUAACUGGCCAGGUUGGGGAAGGGGACACAUAUGAUGUUGUGCCCUAGGAAGUCCAUGCACAGCUUCAAAGCUGCAUUGAAAAAAAG